AUGGAUAUGAAUGAUGCGUUACAGUUACAAAAAGUGUACAAUAUACAGCUCCAUGAUAUGGGAACGAGUAAACUUUACCAAUCACCAAGCGCCGCCUACUCCAGUGGUUAUAACAGGGGAUCAUCGUACAGUACUCCUAACAGAAGUCUGAGCUAUGAUCCCAGCAGUCGAUAUGCUGGAAAUGUUAAUAAUUCAUCAGUCAGGGACAGAAUGAAAAAAUUCGCAGAACCAAAAUAUGAUUAUUCUUCAAACCGUUAUCCGUCCAUCGACAGAAGUACCGUCGGAAGAGAUCGUUAUUCUUCAUUAGACAGAGUUUCAAAUAGAAGUGGUUAUCUUUCCGAUUACGGCGGAAGUCCGCGCUCAUUUGGAUCUUGGGAUCGUGCAUCAUCUAAAUCUGGUCGCAGCUACGGUGGUGGUAGUCGUGAAGGUUCACCAGUGAGUACACGGUCUUCUCGGUACGACUAUAGUAGUAGUGCUUCCCCAUAUUCAACAUACUCAUAUAAAAGUGGUUCUGAUAUUUCACCAGCACAAAAACGAUACGACAGACAAAACUCGGGUGGUUUUGACGGACCUCCGAAAGCCGCAAGCACUCCUGUUGAUUCCGUCCAAAAACGACGUACCUCACAAUCUUCAUUCGUGCCAAUAAAUGUUCGUGGACGUCAGGCAGCUAUCACAGACACUGACUCAGAAUCCGAUGAUAGUUGCCCUGAAGCUGAAAAGCGCGGUGUAAAAUAUUUGAUUUGUCGCGGUACCUCACCGAUACCCGAAGAAGGUGAACAUAGAAGAGAUCGUAAAAUUGAAUCAAUCGCAAAGACUAAACGAAUAAAGUGCCCUAAAAGACGUUCUGUUAUAAGCCGACGGGGCUUUAAUACGGUAGAUUGUGCUACUCAGACUAAUUUGGAUCAGCAACAAGUUCGCAGACAAAGGCAACAGAAAAACAACGAGGACGACGAACCUCCUCCUCAACGUAGACCAAGACAGCAAAAAGAUAGAAGCCUUGAAGAAGAAGAUCAACCGCCGAUUAGAAGACCAAGAGGUCUACGACUUGACGACGAUACACUCGACACUCCACAAAGAAAGCCAAGAGGUGGAACAAAGAAGGAAGAGAACGAUAGUUCUAAAACAUUUUAUAAAUACAGAGACAAGUUUCUUACGCCGGCUUUACCUGCUAUGCCAAGUUCGACUUAUGUAGGCGGUGGUGGUAGUUCACGUGGAUCAAGAAGUAGUUAUGGUUAUAAGGCAGAUCCACCACAAGAGAAAUCGUGGCGUCAAGCAGUGUAUGGGGAACUAGCACCUGCUAGACAACCACGCGCUGACGAUACUGAAACGGAUUCCCGUAGUGUUGCCAAUGAGGAGGAGGAUAGAAGUAGCAGACAAAGUCGUAGACGCCGGGAAAGGGAACGUGCAGCUGCAGAGGAAGAGUAUAGUGCUGCCGAAGAGAGACGCGCUGCACGUAGAUCGGGACCAAGUAGAUCUUCUUCAAGAGAAGACUUGUUAGAUGAUAAACCCAGACGCAAGAGACACUCGAGUAAGGAACUUUUAGAUGAUAAACCGUUAACUCCAGAAAAUCUGUCUUUAAGAGAAAGCAUUGAAAAGGUGAACCAGUGGAAACAGCAACUACCAUCACCAUCUCAAUAUGAAGAAGAAGUUGCUGAAGAUGGUAGACGCCGACCAGCAGCUGAUCGUGCCCCUCGUAGACUUAUUUCACGUUCGGGUUCUAAUGAUAGUAUAUUAGAUGACGAUUAUGAUGAAGGGAAGCUGCCCAAUAAGGAUUUUAGGAAAUCCAGAUUGAACAAAGCACCUGGGUACAAAGAGUCAGAUGGAAGCAUACAGCAUAGACCUGGUCUAAAAAAAUCUGGCAGCUCUUCAGAAGCCAUUUCCAGAGAUGAUUCGCCUAAUAGAAUGCGCCAUGGAUCAUCUCGAUUGCAGCGAGAUAGUUCUCGGGAAAGUAUUUUAGACGACAGGCGUAAAUCGCGUCGCGAUACAUGGGAAGCAAGUGAUAGUGCUGGAUCUCAGUUUGGAUUCAAUCGCGAAGAUUCACCAAACAGGAACAGUCGCCAUUCUGGACGUUCUGGUAGAACCAGUCGACAAAGUUCGAGAGAAGAUAUGCUUAGUGAUCGCAGUCAUCAACAUCCUCAACUAGCACGACAAGGUGCUGUAGAUGACCAAUACAGGAACAGAAUGUCCAAUAUUUCGAAUGAUGAUGGGGGACGUAUGCAAUCAUCAAUGUCUCAGCAUUCAAUAGCAUCGAACGCAACCCUUCCAGAUCUGGUACCACCAGAAGGAGAUUACAAUCAUCCUGAUAACAAUACACGACACAUUAACCGAGCCAACAAUCGAACAGGUUUUAUUGGAAAUGUGCAGGAUAUCGAUAGCGUUCUUUCUGAUGCCAACAAACGUAGAAGGAUGAAUCGCAAUGGUUUAUCUAUAAUGGAUGCUCCAGUACCACCUCACGCACACGCCCCUCUACAACCAUCUCCUGUAACGUCUCCGAGUCCGCAAGCUGGAGACAGAUACGACUUUAAUCAAUACGAUGGAAAGAAACAGCGCCCCAACAGCUAUUCUUUUGAAGCAAAACAACAAAAGGAUAGAAAUAGAGUAGCUAUGAGACAAUCUAAAUCUCAUGAUGACAAACUCAUUGAUAUCGAAGAUGAAAAUAUUCAACAGGAAACAGCUAUUAAGCAAUCAUCAUCACCAAAGAGCGGAAGAGGCCAACCAUCACCGACCGCGCAGGCUAUGUGGGUAACAUUACAACAGAAGAAAGGUCUAGUCGCUAUAUCAGAUUUUAUUGCGCUGUGUGAGAAGCCUGCUCCACCUAAAGUAAUCCAGAUUCCUGGUGCCUUGGACGACUCCAAUUUUAAUGGAUAUGCCAAUGCUAACGAGAUGUUGGAGAAUCUUGGUAUAGACGUUUCAAAGGUGAGUUGA